AAACAAAAGGGAACGGUUGGAAUGUUUGGAAAUUAAUGAUCAGUCAUUUUGAUUCAGUUUUAACUCGCUAGAGACAGAUUUAUUGACUUCAAAGUAAAUAAUGAGAAUUAUGUCAAGCAUCAGAUGAAAUAACGAUGGCUACGAAAGGAAAGGUAAAAAAGAAGAUCCGGAAGUCGACGAAAACCGAAGAAGAAGAUGAUGACAGACCUUUUUCUCCCCAGUCGGGCCACAACUCCACGGAAGAUCCAAGCAAAGCCAGUUUAGACAAACUACUUCUCGCUGCGAUGCAACAAACAACAGAGGAAAAGAACAAAUCUGGGAAGAAAAAGAGCAAGAAAGCCCGAAGCCAAACAGCAGAUGCUGUGCUGGAAUCUUUAAAACAAGGUGCUAAUCUCCGUAAGGACACAGAGGACCAGUCCAUCCUUAACAACACCUAUGACGGCAGCGACAGCCCGAGAUUCGACAAGAAUAUGACCAACGAGCGGCGGAGGAAGCUCCCUCCGAAAAAAGGGGUGGAGAACAGAGGGUUUAUCGACGAUGAGGGAAAAGACGUUGAGAGAGAAACUCCAAAGAGGACGAAGAAGAAGAAGAAAUCUGAGACGACAUCGAUUAUUGACAGCGGUCCGUUAACAAUGCAAGAAUUGGAAGACACCCCCAAGAAAGUCAGGAGGCGCAAGAAGUCGGUACCCAAGCAGGAGGACGACAAAGAGAAUGAAGAAAAUGUACAGAGUAGAACAGAAGAUGAGAUGGAUGGCAGGGAACCAGGGAAGGAGACGGGAGAAGAGGAUGUAGGAGGAGCAGGAAAGACAUUGAAAGGGAAGAAGAAGAAAAAGAAGGCUUCCGAUGACGACAAUCUGGAAGGUGAAGAGGCCAAUGAAGACGCCGAAGGGACCAAAAAGAAGAAAAAGAAGAAACGGAAGAAGCCGAUUCAAGACGACGGUCGGGUGUUCGGAGUGACCGUUCACCGGAGUGACCGGCUCAAGACUGACCUCUACAUCGCCCACCCUCUGGUCAGGGUUCACAUUAUUGACUCGGACACCGGCACUUACGUCAAGAAAUCCAAAUUGGACAGAGCCGUGACGUCUUACUAUGAGAACCAGAAUGCCAAAGUUGAUUAUAUCUUGCCAGUACUAACUCAACCAUUUGACUUCAAGAAAAGAAAAUCCAUGAUACCUUGCUGGAAUGAGCAGGUUAUCUUCAACGAGAGUUAUCUCUACCUCAUUCAGACCGAGGAAACUUAUCCCAAAGUCAUCGUCUUCUUUGAGCUCCUCGAUUUCGUUAGUAUGAAUGUUGCUGCGACCAAAACCAAGGCUCUAAAAGGAGAAGGUGGAUGGCACAGGAUUGCUUGGGGUUUCCUGAAGGUUGUUGGUGCCAAUGGGACUCCGAACACAGACAAGAAAGUCCGCUUACAGUUGUUCCAUCCGCCGUUCAGCUACAAGGCUAAGCCUGGACAGCUAGAUGUCUACCAGUGGUGGAUGAACACAACACGGCACCCUUAUCCGUCCACACUCUACAUAACAGUCAAAGCAGUCAAGACACCAGACCAGGUUCAGCCAGCCGUCCGCUCGCUCUUUGCAACUCAGGAGGAGCAAGGUAAAAUGACGUAUAACGAGCUGAAACAGUCCAUCAACUGGGGAAAUAAACAAGGCAUUGGUAAGAAGAAAGCACCUACAAACUGGUCACGACUUCAGGGUCAGAUGUGUCGCAUUCCAAACAAGCUAAGUCUGACUCUAGCUGGUGAUAAGAAAGGCUGCUUAGUCAUCAAGUUUUCUCCUACUGGAAGAUUUCUAGCAUGUGGAUGCAAGGACAGGGAGGGAUACCCAAUCAUAGUUUAUGAGAUUCCAUCCGGAAGAUUCAAAUGCAAAUUCCCCGGUCACUACAGCCUUAUCUAUGACCUCUGUUGGGGGGCCAACGAUAACGUCGUCCUCUCCGCUUCUUCGGACGGCACCGCCCGAAUCUGGAAUCUUGACACCCCGGACAGUGCCGCGGAGAAGGUGUUCCCUCACCCGGCGUUUGUCUACACGGCUAAGUUCCACCCUCAGGCUGAUCAUCUGGUGGUUAGUGGAGGCUAUGAUCACGUGCUUAGAGUUUGGAACACAAAGAAUGAUGCCCAAACUGGAGAGCUACUCCAAGAACUUGAUGGUCACAAAGGGUUCGUCAACUGUUUGUGCUUCUCCCGGGAUGGCAAAGCUAUGUACUCUGGCGAUAGUACGGGAGUCAUCAUCAAAUGGAAUGCCUUGGUCAUGGCGAAGGCUGCGAACUCAGGUUCUCCAGACCAGUGGUCACUAGAGAAGUUGAUCAAAGAGAAGGAGCUGGAAGGAGUGACCAUCAACAGCCUCGCGGUCCAUCCUAGUGGACGUCGUCUUCUCAUCCACGGACGAGACAACAACCUCAGGAUGAUUGACCUCAGAUUGUACACCAUUAUGCAGCGAUAUCUUGGCGCUUUGAAUUUCCGUGAGCACGUCCGUAGUACGAUGACUGAGUGCGGAUCCUUCGUCAUCUCAGGCAGUGAGGACGGCCAGGCAUACGUCUGGAACACCGACACUGGUGACCAAAUAGCAGUAUACUCCAGUCUUGGUUACAAGUUUCCAGUUACUGAUGUUGACUACCAUCCUUAUGAGCACAUGGUAGCAUUCUGCUCCCGGGGGGAGGGACAUCCCAUACAGGUCUAUGUUUAUGAUGUAAAAGUUGCCCAGUUAGACGUCGGACUUAAGACGACGACAACUGUUGACGCUAAAGACAAACAAGAACUCCUCGCCGGCACUGCUAAAUCGGAAAAGUCACUCUUGGGUCUUCUGGAGGCCAAGAGAGAACUGAAAGAGGAACUGGACACCAGCAAGACCCUAAGGAUGGAGAGGGUCAAGGCGAAGCUAGCAACUGUCAUGGCUCUGAAACAGCUGGCUAAGGACAAACAAGAUAGGCAGGGUACCCCCUAUCAACAACAGCAGGAAACCAUGCUUGGUAGCUCCUUUGCAUUCACACCAGGGGGAACCACUCCUAUGCACCAGCCAACAAUAAGCACCUGGGGAUCGACAUUUGAUACAACCCAGUACAAAAAACAGCCCCAGGGCCCACAGAUGCCCACACCGACCCCUGCCCAACUUGAAUCCCCCGGCGUGAUUUCCUUCUUGGCUAACCGAUCGGCAAAGGGUGUACGAAGCCUCGGUAUGUCCAUGAAUGGGACAGGUUGGACUCCACCUGGGGCUUACUUCCCCAGAGCGUCUACUCCAAGUAUUGCACUGCAAGCAAGUAAGGGUGGCACGGCCAACUUCACGUUCAACCCGCCGGCAUCGCAGAAGAAGUCUACCGACCACCGGCGUGUGGUGGCGCUCUACGAUUACACCUCGCAACGAUCUGACGAGCUGAACCUCUGCCAGGGCGACUGGAUCGUGGUUCUCCACGAAGACAAUGAAAAUUGGUGGAUGGGGCAGCUGGAAAACGGACAGCAGGGUUACUUUCCGGCCAACUACGUCACUGAAGAACAUCUUCAAGAGGACAACCCGGAGGAGAGAGGGAGUUACACUGAGAUGAGGGAGGAGGGAGUGGAUGAGAUGGAUGGUGACACCACACCACGAAGGAAGACCAAGACAAAGAAAGGAAAGAAGAUGACGGCGGUAGUGAGUAGAAGUGGUCAACUGAAGAUCUUGUCGGCGCCGGAGGACAGUGAUUUGGAUCUCACCCCAGCAACAAGCCAAAGAAAAAAGAAGAGAAAACCGUUGGCGCGGGAGCUCGCUCUCGACAUGAGCGAAAACACCGACGAAGCGGACACGCCUCGUCGUCGACGGUCGAGAACACGGUCAAACAGCACGCAACGAAAAUUACCAUCUACUGUUGAUGGGUCGGACGUAGGGAUCCCACCGAAGCCACGGAAGAAACGAUCAAAGAGCGCCGAGGGUUUGCUCUCAAAUGAUGAGACUGUGGUGGGUUCGAGGUCGGCUCCACGCCUUGCCAAGACGUCCUCGAGGGAAAGACUGUUAGACCAAGAGGAGGGGGUAGAAGGAAGAUCACCGAGGGAUAAGAAAGGGGGAAAGAGGAAACAGAAGACAAAUCAUACUGAGAGAACUGUCUAGACUUCUGUCCAAUUAAACGCCUUGAGUUUUGCAAAUUUGUGAUGGAGUUCAACAUCUCGAAAAUCAAUGGAAAGACUCUCAGACCCAAGAGGAGGGGUUGGAGGGGAGAGGUUUCCGAAGGAUAACAACGGGGGAAAGAGGAAUCAUACUGAGAAAAUAGUUUAGACUUCUGUCCAAUUAAACGUCUUCAAGAAAAGAAGUUUUUUUUUAAUUUAUCAAGGGCAGUGGACAAUCUUGGAAGUUGAUGGAAAGACUCCGACCAAGAGGACAGGAGGAUUGAAGGCAGAUCAAUGAAAGAAAGGAAUAAAAGGGGAAAGAGAGAAAAUAUGAAGUCUUAAUUUCUGUUAUAAUAUUUGCUUAGCAGAAAUUUGUUAAGCAGUAUUUUCUGCUUAGCAGCUCUAUGAAUUUUUUUCCCCGUAAAAAUCAUAAGAUUAAAGCGGUUUAAUUAAUAGCUUGCAUGAUGGUAUUCUGCAACAUCAAACAUUUUAUUUAAAAAACAAAAUUCUGAUUUUAUUUUGUAUUUAUUGUGUUAAUUUUGAGUUAAUUGCGAAGUGUAUUCUGGAAAUUUAUUCAUUUUGCUUUUUAGAAUGGACCAUUAUCUGAAAUAAUUUGGUCUGAAAAUUUGGAAGGUCUCAAAAUGGUUUAGGGUUUAGUCGAUUUUUGUAAAGAAUUUUCCCUCAGCCGUCAGAAUACGUUGAACUAUUACCAAGGCCACCACCAAAAGCUUGUGAUUAACGCAGUGUAAAUAUUGUAAAUAUUUGUAAAAGAUCAUGUACUUUUUAUUUAUUGUUUUCAUCAUUUACUAUAUUUUAUUUUAACAAAGUUUGAUUCACCGAAGGGUUACGUAUGUAGAAACGGUGAGAGUGCUCGGUUUGAGGCAUAUCUUUGUUUUUAUACGGACAUUUUGGAUGUCUUGCCUUUUCUUACAUUUGCCCAGCGUUGCAGAAAAAUAGUUUGUGUCUCACUUGUGUAAACGACUGGUUUUGCUUUUCUGGACAAAGUUUAAAUUCUCAGACCGAUUUAUACUCCAUGUAAAUGGAUUAUACAUCCACACAACCAUUCCAUCGAACCCACAUAGAUAAAAAGCCCUACCUCCUGUAAAACUUUAUGGUAAAGUUAUUUGUUAUCAAUGAUAAACUUGCUAAGCAAGAAAUGAGUAGGGUACCAGCCGAUAAUAUGGUAACUAUAUGGUAUUCUGGCUGGUAACCUAUUUUUGCUUAGCAAUUUUUAUUUUUUUAUUUUUUUUUGCCCUGCAAGUGAGGAUAGUUAGCCUUCCAAAUGAUGUCAUAAGGUCAAAGGUAGACCUCUUAUUGGCCGAGUGAUAGCUAUGCGCGGCGCGUACACCGGCACAAUUCCUUUUUUUCUUUGGCAAUAGUUCUGAUUCCAUGGUACAUUCUACUUAGUACUUCGACACAGCAACUAAAUAAACAAACACAAUUUUUCGUGCUAUAUUUUUUGUUAAUUAGAAACGUUUUAUUAUAUACACCAUGAACAAUUUUAUACACAUUUUUUAAAACUUUGUUAAAGGCAUUAAUUAUUGCAGUGUGCUACUAUAUAAAGUCAAAGUUAAGAUGUUGCAAAAGGUUGUUUUUUUUUGUACACAAAUCUGGCCUUAAAUAAAUGCUUAAUAAAUAAAAUAACCAAUUAAAUAUGCCUCUAAAGUAAAAAAUCACUUGAUAAGUUCUGCAUACGAUAAACACAUUGGCAUGUCUGGGGAAAAAUGUUGCUUUUUUAAGAGGAAGUUUUUGAAUUUUAAAAAGUAUCAAUUUAUUAUCAAAGGCACUUAAUUAGCUGCUUUCAAAGCUGAAUUGUCACGGAACUCGAGAAAGUACUGAGUGUAUUUUACAUAUCGGUGCAAGGGUAACAUGGGUAAAAACCAAAUUGUAUAAAGUUAAAUUAUUUACUUUCCUUACGUUUAAAAGUGAUUCUAACAAGGGUUGCUUUAUCAAAGGGAGUAUACCGGAAUGGUAACGAUAAAAAUCAUCAUUGUUUAAUUUGAGUCUGAAGUCUCACUGACUAUGUAAGAAAUGAUAAUCUUUUACUACUGUGCAAUUAGUUGUGUGCUUUUUUGUCUCUCUAGAAAAUUCUACAUUGUACUUUUGCGUAGUCUUGCGAAGUUUGGCUGAACUUCAUGGCUUUGCUUACCAUGAGCAAAUAACUGACGCUUAUAUCAAGCUUAUUUCACAAGUUAACAGGGAACUUUUGCUUGUGUGCGUGCAUACUCCAAGUUACUAGGCAUUCUUUUCUUACACAGUUAGUGUAAAAAUUUGGUGUGGUGAAAGUAAGCGCAGAAUUCAACGGUAAGCAGAGCCACGAAAUUAGGCACUAUACAGAGCCUAAUUCCAUAGCGCUGGCCACAACUGAAAGAUGCACAAAUUUACGGCACAAAGAAUAGACUGUAAAUCUAGCAUGUGUUCCAACAUUGAGUCCCAUUAGAGUUUGUUUCCUUCACACCUCAAAGCAACAAAUGUGGGACCCAAAUGGUCCCAAAAUGUUUGAAUUCCUGGCGAGACAUGAACAGUCUACUUUGACAUUUACAAAGCCAUAAAAAUAAGCUGAGUAAAGACAAGGUACCGAUACACUUCUUUUGUGUGUACGUGUAUUUUAUUCAUCUGUUUUGUAUUAUUACCUACCGUUAAAUGGGACAUUUGUUUCCACUGCCUACAGACUGUUGUCAUGUUUUCAUUUAUCUGUGACUAAUAAACUUUUCUGGUAUUA